UUCUCUCACUUGUUGUUUUUUCUCUUUUCUUUUAUUUACUUGUUUUUCUCUCUUUUUUAUUGAUUCUCCUUCAAUUUUUGUUCUUUCUCUAUUUUUACCUUUACAGUUUUUUUCUGUCUAAUUGAUUGAAUUUCUCUUCUUCUCUUUAGCUUCCAAUUAUCUUCCUUUCUCUUUGUUGUUUUUCUUAAGUUGAGCUUCUUUCUUUUCAAAGGCCGAGUCAACAUCUAUUACCUACCAUGGAAAAGUUCAGUGAGUCAGUUUCCAAUGACUCUAUUGAUGAGGUUACAUAUCAGAAUAAUGAACAACAACGAGGGUCACAAUCUAAUUUAAUUGCAAAUGGAUCUGAUAAAAACGCGUCUCUUGAAAAGUUUAUUGUUCUUUGUCGCACUCGUUUGAAUGAUUCUCCAAACCAACGCAAGAAAAGAUACUCUGGCUUACGUAGAUCUGUAACUCGAUACAACGCUUCCCCUCACUGGGAUCAGGUCUCAUUCGAAGAUCUUAUCCGACGAUUCAGUUGUCAAUUGGAAUCUGAACAGACUGACCACGAAAAAGCCAAUGCAAUAUACAAAGAGAUGAUGAAAGAAUUGGUUUUGCUCACUGGACAUGUGAGUUGUUCGGGCAAAUGUCGAAAGCGUAAAAAGAAAGCCAGAAAAGAGACAACAGUAUGUAAGUUGGAAAAAUCACUCGCUAUCAUUCAACGGCGGAUAAAUAGACUUCAGGACGAAUCUUCAGCCAAUACUUGGGAUGUUCGUGAUGCAAGAGAUGGAAAAUGUCUCAAGCUACAUGGGAUGCAGAAAAAGGCCUUACGAUUGACCAAGAAGAUUAACGAACUCAGUAAAUUAGCCUCAGCAAAUAGUAACUCAAAUCUGACGACUUCUAAAAUCGAGAAUACCAAUGAAGCGAGUGGUAGUGGCGACGGUGGAAGUGGAAGUAACUCUAACAAUGACAUGGAAGAAUUAAAUUGUCUCCUGAAAUCAGUUCGAUUAAAAAGAUCAGUCAAAUGUAAACCAACUUUAUUCAGGAGCGUCAGACCUUCUUCCGAAUGUCGCUCGAUUUAUCCUCGUAUUGAGAUGGUAGAAAUUAAAAAGUUUGACCAACAGAAUCAAUGUUAUGUUGAACCGUCGACAAAAAAGCCAAGUAGCAAACCGAUGCCAUUCAAAAUUAUCCGUCAAAAAGGUGCCAACGUUUCAAAUUCUACUCUAUCUUCGUCGUACCAAGAAUCGUCACCUUGUUCCACUAGUGAUAUUAAAUCUUCUGAUCUCAGAGCGAUCAACAACACAAAAAGUCCUCGCUCAGAAGUCCAUAAAUUAAGAAAACAAUCAAAAUUCGAUUUAAUCUGUGAUCGCUUCAGACAUGUGACCUUAAAUUCAUGAAUGAAGACCAAAAUAUCGUCAAGCCAAGUGACCUUUUUCUCUGUUAUAUUUAACCAGAAGUUCCUUUCUGAGCAUCUUCCAAACGCCUUAAUCAUUUAUUACGAGGUAUUCAUCACCUUCGAGACCAGUAUACUAAUCUACAUCUCUUUUAAUUAUUCCUUAAUGAAUUUAUACUCGAAUUCAGACCAAUCGCUGUAUCCAUUUUCUUUCUUUAAUUUUUGAUUCCACUUUUUGAACUUUCUCAAAAAUCUAUUUCUUUUUGUUCAUCUGGAAAUCUGAAUCGCAUCAAUUCCUACACAAUCUUUAUUACCCUGAACGUUCAUAAUGUUUAUUUUCCACUAAUGAUUGAAUCUGAAAUCAAAUCAAUUUAUAUCAUAAAUCAAAACGAAUCAUGUUAAUCCUUAAAUCCAACAAUAAAUCAUCUUAAAGGGUUAAUCAAAUAAAUGAAAAGAUCGUAAAUUCAAA